UCUUUGGUGAAAGCUGAAACCCUUUUUUUUUUUUUUGUGGAUUUUCGUUGACAGAAAUGAUGAUAAAAAUGUUGAGAGAAGAGCGACCAUCGAGUAAGAUAGUGACAAUCGAAAUCUUCUCCACGAUUAAGGAAAGAUUUGAACCCUAUGAAUCCUCUGUUUUUGAGGCUGCUGGUUACAAUUGGAGGUUGAUUUUGUACGUGACUGGUAAUAAAAACGAUGGAGGAAAUAAUCAUAUAUCACUUUACGUGAGGAUCGAAGAUACAGAAUCUCUUCCCAAGGGUUGGGAAGUCAAUGUUGAUCUUAAACUCUUUGUCCACAAUCAGAAGCAACAGAAAUACUUUUCUGCUACAGAUGGAACAGUGAAAAGAUACAACGAUGCCAAAAAAGAAUGGGGAUUCGGACAAUUGAUUCCUCUUUCAACAUUCUACAACACGAACGAAGGUUACAUCGUGCAAGACACUUGUUCUUUUGGUGCUGAGAUCUUCAUCGUUAAACCAGUCGAACAAGAAGAGAAAGUCACAUUUGUAUCAAACCCUCGGGACAACAUUUUCACGUGGAAGAUACUUCGUUUCUCCACUUUGGAAGAUAAGUUCUACUACUCUGACGAUUUUCUCGUUGGAGACCGAUACUGGAGAUUAGGAUUUAACCCGAAAGGGGAUGGAGGUGGAAGACCACAUGCACUGCCACUCUUCCUAUUUGCCACAGGCUUUAAGACAAACGCAGUCGCUACAAACACUUGGGGAGCGGUUAAUCUGCGGUUAAAGAAUCAGCGAAGCUCUAACCACAGACAAUUAUACUCUGCAGCUUGGUACCCGAUUCGACGCGAUUAUGGUGUGGGAGUGAACAAUAUCAUAUUGUUUAAAGAUUUAAACGAUGCAUCCAAAGGGUAUUUGGUUAAUGAUGCCAUUAUCUUUGAAGCUGAAAUGGUUAAAGUCUCCGUGACCAACAUCGUUCCCGUUUAAAGAUCUCUACUUCUUUAUCAUCAAUAAAACAACCCUAUGAAUAAAGAGACGUUUAAUGGGUUUGUAAUAAGACAAUGUUGUUGAUGCUUGUGUUGUAAAUUUGUUAUCGUUAUUUCUGUUCUUCGAGUUUCUUUUUCCCUGUUAUGUUAUCAAUAAAAAGAAACUCUCUUGGUUUUCGUAAA